AGUUGUCAACGAGCUGAAGUGAGAAAAAAUAUCAUAUAGAAGAGCUCUCUGUUUUUAGUCCAAUAAUAGUUUAUUUAUUUCAAAAUAAACAUUUAACGAUUUAGAAAUUUAUUUACUGAGAAAAUAAGCAAAAAUUUAGCAAAAUGGGCUCCAAUGAUUAUGGAAAAAUGCAACUAUCAAAAAGUAUAUUAGAAAUGAAGUUUAUGAAGAGGACAAAAGAAAAAGUAGAGCUACAACAAUUUCAAGCAGAAGGAGAAGAAUAUUUUGAAAAUGAGUUGACAGCAAGGCUAAAAAAAGCAACUGAAAAAUUUACAAUGGAGCCAAGUUACGUUUUUUGUGAGCAAUUAAUUGAGGGUCGACUAAGUUUUCGUGGUAUGAAUCCAGAAAUUGAAAAAAUAAUGGAACAUGAAGCAAAAAUGAAACGUGCGAAAAUUGAAAUAAAGAAAGAGACUGAUAUAUCUGACGAAAAAAUGGCCAAGCAUUUUGAAAACUCACGAGUUAUUUCGAUGGGAAAGAAAUUCCAAACUAAAAGGAACCGUAGUCAAUUCUCUAGUAGUAUCACAGAAAGUCAUGGAUAUUCCCCAGUAAAAAAGAAAAUGUUUUUAAAACCUGCUGAAUGAUGUUCCUUCUAUUAUUCAUUUAGAUCAAAUUGACCAUUGUCUACAUGGAUAAAAUUUUAUUUAACUCAUCGAAUUAUACUAGUAAAUUGCUGAUUUAUUAAACACUUUUUACAGUAUUUUUUAAAUUUCAGUACUAUGUAGUGAACUUUACUUAAAUAUUUUAUGAAAAAGAAACGAACAACUCUAAACAUAAUAACAUUUCAGUGAAAUUUAUUUAAGCGUUUCUAAAUAAGUCUGUAUAAAAAGUUUUAUUUUUUGUAAUAUUACCAAAGGAUAUUAUACAAAAAUAAGUUCAAAGCUUAUAUUAAGCUGAGCAAAAAAAGUAAAGCUAUCUAGAUCGAAUCAAAUGAAUAUAUGUAUAAAAAUAUAUAUAUAAUA